AUGCUAACAAUACAACUUUCAUUAUUCGCAGUAUUCAGUGCUAUCAUUUGGGCAACUGCAAACAAGGAGAAUUCUCCGAUUAUAAGAUCAAAAACAUAUGAAUAUACUGUCGCCUCGCAAUCGAAACUACUACCGAAAGCUGGUCUAAAUAGCAGCAUAUUGUGCUGCCUUCGACAGAUAAGGAGAAAUCUCAAUAAUCGUUUAAUCCAAGAAGUGAAUCUACCCUGCAAAAUUGCUUGUGAUCUUGAUCAUUCAAUAGGAACACUUUUCGUAACGAAUAUUUCCGAUUCAGAGUCUUCUCUAUCGAUUCGUAACAAACCACAAUUCGGUUGUUCCCGCAGUAGCAGCUCUACCUCAGACUCUUAUGGUUGCGGCCAACUUAAUAUUCGCAGUGGUAAUGUUAAUGGAAAAUUACAACGUAUUACACUACGAAUACCGUUCCCCAACGUUAGAUCACAUUUUGCCGCUUCGUGGGGUACAGUACGGGAAAUGCUCACCCCAACAAAAUUUCGACAUUACCAGAUACACUUCAGAGACAAUACACGUCAGAGGGCUGUAUACAGAGAAACAAACAUCGAUUACAGAAAGGUAUCAUUUGUGAAAAUUCCAUCUACCAAAUCAGAUGAUGGAUAUGUGACACGAACAACAAGAAAAUCAAUCCCCAGUUACAUCAAACCAACAGAUAUGAUAGUAGAGGAUAAACAAAGUUAUACUCUGGACACUGCAGAAGGUGACUAUCUUAACUCGGAUCCACAAAUACAAGUAAUCGCGAGCGAAGUGGACCAUGAAAUACCUAGUGAUCGAAAACGAAAGCUGAAACAGUGA